AUAUUUCCAUUUCCACUCGAAGACAAAAUCCAUUGCAUAUCAUUUGGAACCAUCAAAUUUGGCGAUCUUCAAUCACCAGUAGCAACAGAAGAAGCAGCACAUUGAUGGAGAUUCAAACGGCGAGACGGAGACUUGAGACGAUUGCUGCUCAUGUUUCUGCCGCCGGAAACACCUCUGCAACUCACCUCUUCCCUCUGAAUUGCAGUGGUGGAUUAGCCUCUGUCAAGAGAAGAUGUGAUAAUAGUAUGCAUUUUGCCAAACAAGAUUCUGAGUCACAAGGUUGUUUCAUGAGACCAAAUUCCACCAAACAGGAUUGUUUUGACCAGUCAAUGUUGACUUUCAGGUCAACUUGUAACCAAAAAGAGGAAUCAUCUGAACUUGUGACAACUCCCUUGUUUUCUCCGCCAGCCAGCAUGAAUAUUGAUGUUCCAAAAGUUAGAAAUAUCCAACAUGAUGUCAGUGAUUACAUGUUACCUUAUUCACAGCCACCUAAGUUUUCCAGAACAACAAUAGAAAGAGAUGAACCGAUAAAAUUCAACCCGAAGAACAACCAAAAUGCUACAAAACAUUUAGGGUUUGAGAAAAAAUUAUCCCCGAGGAUGGAUAUUGCAGAAUCUGGAGGAAAAUAUGUUCUGCUGAUAGAACUACCUGGGAUUAGUAUAGAUGAUAUAAGAGUUCAAGUUGAUAAUACAACUCUGACUGUACAAACAAUCAAGGGGAGGUAUAGAGACAGCUCUUUAAGUGAUCAUGCAAACUCUUCAUAUCACAAAAAGGAGAUUUUAGAAGGACCCUUUGACGUCAAGUGGCCACUACCCUUCGAUGUGAACCCAGAUUCCGUUUCAGCUGAAUUUCUGGAUGGACUCUUACAUAUUACCAUUACUAAACUUCGAGUCCCAGUCUGGUGAUGCAACUUCUCGGAUAAUUCGUAUCUAAACACAUACACAUAUA